UUUUGAAUAUGAAGUCAGCAAGAGUACAUCUUCGAAGUAGUCAAGAUGAUAAUCUCUGAAGGAUACCACUUAGAGACUGCCGAGAUUAUACCAAUAGAAAGAAAAUCCAAAGAAUCAUGAGUCCACAUUCUGAACUGAGCGAUUCAGCAAGUUUUGAAUUUCCUCUGAAAGAGAAUAGAAACUGUCUUAAAAAGAAAAUUCAAAGAGAUCAAAGACCAAAGACUCAUAGGAACAAAGACGAGCUUCGUAAAAUAACAGAGUUUACAGUGAACAUUCUUAAUAAUCGAUUGGAAGAAGCUAAGGAGACAUCAUCCCGCCUCUCUACCGAACAACAGCACCUCCAAACCCUCCACGCCUCCGAACUAGCUCACCUAAAAUCCCACUUAUCAGACCUCGACCUCGCAGCAGCCUGCCUGCACGACCAAAACCAGCACCAGAAAUCGCAGAUCUCAAGUCAGCACCAGGCUGAACUCUGUUCGAUAAAGGCUCAUUAUGAUAGAAUACUUAGUGAUCCUCACAGAGAGAAAUAACCCAUGUAUAAUCCCAGAGAGCUCUCGUAUAAGUCCUCAGAUGAUGAACACUAUUGAUACUCUAUUGCAAGUCCAGCGCACUCAGAUAGAAGACCUUAAAUAACCAAGAACGAGAAAUGAUCUCUGGGUAUGAAACUGAAAGGGUUAAAGAAGGACGAAUCCACCAGUUAAAAACAUGAAUAUCAGAGCUAAAACAAAAACUUAAAGGUUUCGCAGUCAGCCCGGUCAAGAGCAAAAAUUCUAAAAUAUGCAAAAAUGCAACUCAACAAUCAAAACCAAAACAUAAAAAUUCUCUAGGGGUAGUGGUGACCAAUCCAAGUAAGGACAUGAUAGCAUGGAAUGAACUAAUUGAGAAAGAAAAGAGGAAGACAGAUAAAUUGAGAAAGAAAAUAAUCACAGCAAAAUAUAAGAGAAAUCAGGCCAAACAGUGACUGAAAGAGAUCAAAGGAGUUAAUAUCAUGCUCCAGAAGAGUUUUAAUGAGCUCCAGAGAACUGUGUCUGGCCGACCUUGAUCAAAAGGAAGGCCAAAGUUGAGGUAA